AUGUCAGAAUCACCAUUGAAGGGAACUUUGGUGUUCGAACCUAUAAAAGUUGGAGAUGUCACCUUAUCAAACAGAAUAGUUUAUUGUCCAACAACAAGAUUCAGAGCUGCAAAAUCUUCUCAAGAAGUUGGUGCUCAUUUACCUUCAGAUUUAAUGUUAGAAUAUUAUAGUCAACGAGCUCAAUAUCCAGGAACUUUAUUAGUCACAGAAGCAACUUAUGUGAGUCGUGCUGCCGGUGGAUAUGAUGAUGUUCCAGCUAUUUCAACCGAAGAGGAAACAAAAGCAUGGAAAAAAAUUGUUGAUGCUGUACAUGCAAAAAAAUCAUUUAUUUCAUUACAAGCUUGGUUUUUAGGAAGAGUAGCUGAUCCUAGAGUUUUGAAGAAAGAAGGACAGAAGUAUGUAGCUCCUAGUGCUAUAUACCCAGAUAGUAAGUCUGAACACUUGAGUGCUAAAGCCGAAUUACCAUUAACUGAAUUAACACUUGAAGAAAUUGAUAGACUUAUAAAAGUAGACUAUACUGAAGCUGCUAAAAAUGCUAUGAAAGCAGGGUUUGACAUGUUUGAGAUUCAUGGGGCUCACGGAUACUUACCAGACACGUUUUUACACGAAAAUUCCAAUCAAAGAAAGGACAAGUAUGGUGGAUCAAUUGAAAACAGAGCUAGAUUUAUUUUGGACUUAAUUGAUCAUUUAUGCACAGUCAUUCCACCUUCAAAAUUGGCUAUUAGACUUUCACCAUGGGCAGAAAUACAAGGAAUAUACGAAGAGACUAGUCCAAUACCUCAAUUCUCAUAUUUAUUGGAUCAAUUACAAAAAAGAGCAAACGACGGGAAAGAAUUAGCUUAUAUUUCAGUUGUUGAACCUAGAGUUCAGGGUGUAGUUACCGUUGAUCUUGAUACAAUGAAAGGAUCCAAUCAAUUUGUGGAAGAAGUUUGGAAGGGAAUAACUUUGAGAGCUGGAAAUUACACUUAUGACGCCCCAGAAUUCAAACAAAUUAAACAAGAUGUGGCAAAUGGCAGAACGUUAGUUGGAUUUUCAAGAUUUUUCACAUCAAAUCCUGACCUUGUUUAUAAAUUGAAAAAUGAUCCUUCAAAGUUGGUUAAAUAUCAAAGAAAAUUAUUUUACCAGCCAUAUAAUUGGGGAUAUAAUACUUUUGAUGGCAAGGAUUAUGAUGAGGAAACUGAAAAAAAGAGAUAUGCAAGACCAAUCCAAAGAAGCGAGGCAAAUUUAUAG